AUGGCCUUGACGGAUCAUUACAUGCUCUGGUCCUACGUCUUCGUCUUCAUGGCCUUCUCCACUGCACUAACCACGUAUCUCCACACAGCACUCUACAUCUACCGCACCUCCUGGCUGCCGAUGAUCACCUCGUCCUCCUCCUUCAGCUCAGACCUUGAAGCCGGCCUUCACAGCGACACCUUCAGCCUAACGGCGAACAUCGACGACGAAGACAGCCGGAGCGGGCUCGACGUAGCCGCGAAGCGCGAGGUCCUCGCCAUCAUGAAGCGACGGGGCGUCGAUUUCGACGAGGCACGACGGAUCGCCGUCGAGCAGAAGCUGGCGCGGAACGGCAUCGCGCCGGAUGGCAGACCACUGGAUCCGAGGGCUGUGUUCUUCUCAUAA